AAGCUUUGAUUGCCAGGCAUUCGUUUCAAAGAGGAUCUACUUCAAAGAAGACAGUCUUGAAUAAACAUAUUACCUAGCCACGGGACAAUGAGUGAGCCGCAAAACCUUAGGCGCCAUCUUCAACUUCAAUCAGAAGCAGAACUCCAGGCCAGUGCCUUCUCUCUCUUUCUCUACCGGCAACCUCGCUGUGUAACCCGAAGUGUUCUGUGCCAUUUCCAGGUCCUAACGAACAUGAAGAAACAUAAUCCAUCCCUGGUGGUACAAUUAUCUUACCCAGACUUGGUCAUCAAUGUAGGAGAAGUAACUCUUGGGGAAGAAAACAGAAAGAAGCUGCAGAAAGCUCAGAGAGAUCAGGAGAAGGAGAAAGUUUUGCAGGCUGCCUGUGCUUUAUUAAACUCAGGAGGAGGAGUGAUUCAGGUGGAAAUGGCUAAUGGCAAUGAGCAUCGUGGGACUUUGGGGCUGGAUUUAGAAGAGUCUUUGAGAACACUUAGUCAGUCUUCAGAUUUUCGGGCUUUCUUUGAGACUGAUCCACAAGGGAGGUGUUUUUACAUUUUUGUUAAAUCUUGGAACACUGACUUUUUCCCUGAAGAUCGUUCCAAGCCCUGCAUUUGCAGCCUGGAUUCUUCUUUACACCGUAGAUCUGAAACUUCUGUGGUUCUCAUGGAUUCAAGAGAGGCAUUUCGUUUCCUGGAAACCAAGAAAAGAAAUGCAAAAGAGAUGGGAAAAGAAAAAAGAGAUGGGGAAGAACCUCCUAAUAAAAUUCUCAGGGGUGCAAGUUUUGCAAAGCAAAACUCUCAUGACGAGCAGAAUCCAGAAAAUUUGGAUUCUGCUCACCAAAUUUUCCAAAGAGACCAGCUUGAGUAUGGUGAAAUCCUGCCUUUUGAUGAGUCUCUACACAUAGAGUUUAAACAGUUCGCUACGAAACACAUCUCAGUCCGUGUAAAAGACAUAAUUCCAAAGUAUAUAUCUGCAUUUGCAAACACUGAGGGAGGCUAUCUUUUCAUUGGAGUGGAGGAUGAGAGUAGGAAAGUUCUGGGAUGUGCUAAAGAAAACAUUAAGCGUGAGGAUUUGAAAAAGGAAAUAGAAGAUGCAAUAAACAAAUUACCUCGUGUCCAUUUUUGCCAAUCCCAAUGCCAGAUAACUUUCACAGUCAAAUUCUUGGAAGUGUUAGCCGAGGGGCAGUUGUAUGGUUAUGUUUGUGGGAUCAGAGUGGAGCCAUUCUGUGGUGCAGUGUUCUCAGAAGCUCCCAGGUCAUGGAUGGUGAAAGACGAGGAAGUCUGCUGCCUGACAACUGAGGAAUGGGUAGGCAUGAUGAUGGACACAGACCCAGAGCUUCUGAAAUUGUCCGAAGACUUUGAAUCUCAGCUGAGUCUGUCUAGCAGGCCUCCUCUUAGCAGACCAGUGUUCUCCAAGAAAGGACUAGAAUACAAGGAAGAUCUCCAGCAACUUUUAUUUUCAGUAUCAUCAGAAGACUUGCAAUUUACUCCUGAAUCUCUCUUGAAGGAGCUGUACUCAGAGCAUGAAGGCCUGAAGGAAUUAAUAAAGAAGCAAAUGCAUUCUUUCUCCCGGGGAAUUUUGAUCUUUUCUAGAAGCUGGGCUGUGGACUUGAACUUGAAAGAGAAACAGGGAGUCAUUUGUGAUGCUCUGCUGGUAACACAGAACAGCCCCCCCAUUUUCUAUACAGUUCUCAGGGAGCAGGAUGCAGAUGGGCAGUUGUACUGCACCCGUACCGCCUUUACCUUGAAGCAGAAGCUGGUGAACAUGGGGGGCUACACCGGGAAGCUGUGUGUCAUGACCAAGGUCCUCCACCUGAGUCCUGAGAGCAAUGCAGAGUCCCUUGAAGGUUCAGACUCUCUGAUUAAGUACCCUAAGUCCUACUACCUUGCAGACACCAAGCAAAUGGAAGCCUUGCUGCAGUCCCUUGUGAUUGUCUUGCUCAGCUUCAGGUCUUUCCUGAGUGACCAGCUUGGCUGUGAGAUUUUAAAUCUGCUCACGGUCCAACAGUAUGAGAUCGUCUCAAAAAACCUCCGCAAGACCACAGAAUUGUUUAUCCAUGGUUUACCUGGCUCAGGGAAGACAAUCGUGGCCAUGAAGAUCAUGGAGAAGAUCAAGAAUACGAUGGGUUGUGAGAAAAAUGAAAUUCUCUAUGUUUGUGAGAACAGGCCUCUGAAGGACUUUAUUGGUAAUAAAGAUAUCUGCCAGGCAGUGACCCGGAAAAACUUCAUGAAAGAAAACUUUGAAAAUAUUCAACACAUUGUCAUCGAUGAAGCUCAGAAUUUCCGCAUUGAAAAUGGGGACUGGUAUGAGAAGGCAAAAACCAUCACUCAGAGAGGAAAGGAUGGCCCUGGAAUUCUCUGGAUCUUUCUGGACUACUUUCAGACCAGUCACACAGACUGCUGUGGCCUUCCCCACCUCCAAUACCAGUACCCAAGAGAAGAGCUCGUCAGAGUGGUCCGCAAUGCAGACCCAAUAGCCAACUACCUACAAGAAAUAAUGCACAAAGUAAAAAAAAAUCCACCACCUAACAUCCCCUCCAAAUUCCUGAAUAUAUUCAAUGAAGCUGAAUGGUCUCAAGGUGUUCCAGGCAACUUAGAGAUGAGUGAGCACAAGGAUAUAGAGCGAAUGAUGGAUUAUAUAGCAGGAAAAUGCCAUUCACUUUUGAAGGCUGGAUAUUCCUGCAAGGAUAUUGCCGUGAUUUGCAGCACAACAAGUGAUAAAGACAAAUAUAAAUAUGAGCUUCAAAGAGCAAUAAGGAAGAGAAAAAGGCCUCGGUCCAGUGAGGAAUCUCAGACCAGUGAGGAAUCUGAUCUGUUAUUUAUAGGAGAUGCAUCAGAUAUCAUGGGCAAUCACAUUGUAUUGGACAGUGUCCGUCGAUUUUCAGGCCUGGAAAGAAACAUCGUUUUUGGGAUCAAUCCAAGGGCAGCUGAGCCAGCUGUUUUCUACAAUCUUAUGCUCUGUCUGGCUUCCAGGGCAAGGAAACAGCUGUAUAUUUUGACUCUCUUAGGAAUGACUAACUCUGCAUCAUUUUAAUGAUGGUCUUAAUUUUUCCUAUCAUAAGCACAGUAU